AAUAAUUACGAAAAGCACCGAUAGGUGUCUAUAGUAUCGUUGCGAAUUUAAUGCCCUCUGCAUCAUAUAAUGGUAUGACGAUAGAUAAAACGAUACUUCUAAAAUGAGUAGCAACAUGUGGAAAUUAGUCAGUAGUAGGUACGAUUGACUAUUGUAUAGUGACAUUUAACAAUAAUAUCUAAUAAAACGUUGGAUAAAUUAAUAAGUUCAUCGUAAACUUGUUAUAUUCCCCCAUUAACGAUAGAAGAAAAUGGCAACUCACGAGGAUAUUGGCAUUGGAGAUUUUGUCCUACUGGAUGAGAUCAACAUCGAGAAGGUCGUGGAAAACUUGAAAGUUAGAUUCAAAGGUGGAAAAAUAUAUACGUAUAUUGGGGAAGUAUGCGUAAGUGUUAAUCCUUAUAAAAAUACAAAUAUCUAUGAUGCGAACCAUAUUAAUAAAUAUAAAGGGAGAGAAUUAUUCGAAAAUCCACCACACAUAUUUGCUAUCGCGGAUGCAGCACAUCGCGAGAUGAAGCAACAAGGUCGGGACACAUGUAUAGUGAUAAGCGGCGAAUCAGGAUCUGGAAAAACGGAAGCUAGCAAAAUUAUUAUGAAAUAUAUUGCUGCUGUUACUAAUCUAAGCGGACAGCAGGAAAUCGAAAGAGUAAAGAACGUGCUUAUACAAUCAAAUUCAAUAUUAGAAGCAUUUGGAAAUGCUAAAACGAAUAGGAAUGACAAUUCGUCUCGUUUUGGAAAAUAUAUGGACAUUAAUUUUGAUUUCAAAGGGGAUCCGGUGGGUGGACACAUAACUAAUUAUUUACUUGAAAAAUCACGAGUAGUCUAUCAACAAAAAGGAGAACGUAAUUUUCAUUGUUUUUAUCAGCUGAUUAAUGGUUGUAGUGAAGUUGACUUGCAUCAAAUGAAAUUAGUGCGUGAUGCUAGUGCUUACUAUUAUAUCAAUAAAGAUGAUAAUAAAUCAAAUAUAAAUGAUAAGGGUGACUAUAAGACUGUUAACGGGGCCAUGUCUACUUUAGGAUUUUCACAAAAUGAAAUACAAACAAUUUGGAAUAUUAUCUCUGGCAUUUUACAUCUAGGUAAUAUUAUGUAUAAAAUAAAUGAAGACAAACUUAUUGUUGAGAAAAGUAACGCUCUAGCUAAUACAGCAGCUUUAUUUUCUAUUGGUUCAAAUGAACUAAGGACUGCUUUAUCUCAAAGAGUGAUAGCAGCUGGUGGAGAAAUAAUGCAAAAAACGCAUACUUUAAUGGAAGCUGAAUAUGGUAGGGAUGCUUUGGCAAAGGCAAUAUAUGAAAGGCUAUUUACAUGGAUCGUAUCACGCGUUAAUGAUUCCAUUAAUGUAAAUGAUAAUAACUUGUCUAGUAAAUAUCAAACAGUCAUCGGUGUCUUAGAUAUUUAUGGAUUUGAAAUCUUUGAUGUGAACAGCUUUGAACAAUUUUGUAUCAACUACUGCAAUGAAAAAUUACAACAACUUUUUAUCGAAUUGGUUUUAAAACAAGAACAAGAAGAGUAUAAGAGGGAAGGAAUUGCAUGGCAAAAUAUUGAAUAUUUUAAUAAUCAAAUAAUUUGUGACUUAGUGGAACUAUCUCAUAAAGGAAUAUUAGCUAUCAUGGAUGAAGCGUGUCUCAACGUAGGCAAAGUAACGGAUGAGAUGCUUCUCGAAGCGAUGGAUACAAAAUUGGCAGAUCAUCAACAUUAUUCCUCUCGACAAUUAAAACCAAUGGAUAAGGAAUUACAACACAGGAUUCAUUUUAAAAUCAAACAUUAUGCCGGUGAUGUUGUAUAUAACAUUAAUGGUUUUUUGGAUAAAAACAAAGACACUCUAUUUCAAGAUUUUAAACGUUUACUUUAUAAAAGCAAUGAUUCUAUAAUCAGUAAUAUGUGGCCAGAAGGUGCUCAAGAUAUUACAAAAACUACGAAAAGGCCAUUGACCGCUGGUACAUUAUUCCGUAACUCUAUGAUCGCAUUGGUUAAAAAUUUAACUAGCAAAGAACCAUUUUACAUUCGGUGCAUAAAACCUAAUGAAAUUAAAUCUCCUAUUGUUUUUGAUGAAGAAAGAGUAAACCAUCAAGUAAGAUAUUUGGGACUCGUUGAAAAUAUAUUAGUAAGAAGAGCAGGGUUUGCUCAUAGACAAAAAUAUGACAGAUUUUUGAAAAGAUAUAAGAUGAUAUCACAAUAUACUUGGCCUAACUUUAGAGGCGGUAAUGAUAAAGAUGGAGUUCGUACGUUGAUGGAAGAAAAAGGUUUUUCAGAUGAUAUUAAGUAUGGUCAUACUAAAAUAUUUAUACGCUCACCUCAAACGUUAUUUGCAUUAGAAAAGGCACGUGAAGAUUUGAUACCAGGGAUUGUAAUAUUAUUACAAAAACAAUGGCGCGGUUACUUGUGUCGACAAAAAUAUAAAAAAAUGAAAGCUGCAUUGUUUAUUAUAAGAUAUUAUCGUCAAUACAAGAGAUAUUUUUAUAUGAAAGCGUUGGAAAAAACUUUUAUUAAUGUUAAGUCUAUGCGCGACCAUGGUAAACAUUUAACAUGGCCAAAAGAGAAUUAUGCUGUUCGUCAUGUUGUACCCUCGUUAAAAAUGAUUUUUGCAAGAUGGCGUGCUUGGAUGGUGCUUAAAAUUGUUCCUAGAGAAGAUUGGCCACAAUUACGAUUAAAGAUGGCUGCAGGAGCUGUAUUACGUUCCAAAAGACUUUAUUGGGGUCAGGAUAGACGUUGGGAAGGAAAUUAUUUAUCUAAACCAGAUGAGAAUCCUCACAAUGAUGUUUUCAUUUCUUCGAUAAAUAAUCUCCGAAAUACAGAUCAUUUUAAGACUGUUCUAUUCAGUUCAUUCGUCAGAAAAACUAAUAGAUUUCACAAACAAGCUGAUCGUGUUUUGGUAGUAACAGAACAUGCUUUGUACAAAUUAGAAAGUGUCAAAUUUAAGACUAUGAAAAAAGGUAUACCUAUUGCUGAAAUAACUGGCUUAAGCGUAUCACCUGGAAAAGAUCAACUUAUAAUCAUUCAUUCUAAUCGAGGAAAUGAUUUUAUUAUUUCAAUCACUGCCAAGGAAGAUAGAGUCGGUGAACUUGUUGGUAUAUUAAGUACUAGAUACAAUCAAUUACGUGGUACUGAUCUACAAGUUACUGUAGACGUAAAGUUUAAAUGUAUGCUGGGUAACAAGAGUAGAGUAUUACGAGUAGAAGUAAUGCCUGAUAUAAUUGAACCGAUAUUUAAGAAAGAUGGAGAUCAAAUUAUUUAUGCCAUACCGCCAUCCAUUGGUAUAAUCGAUCCUAAUUCUAGACAAGAAAUCAGGACAGUUAGUUAAGUAUAACCUACGUGUUUCGUAAUAUAUGAGACCCACUUUGAGAGUGGUCAGGGAGGGCACAGAAACAAUGGAAAAUAAUUUAUAUAAACAUGAGUAUUACGAAGCACCCUGUAUAUAACAAUUGAUAAUUUAUAAUCACAUUUUUGUGAUAAGUUGUGCCUAAUUGUUUGUGGUAAGAAUAUUUCUAAAAGUUAAAUAGUAUCUAAGCAGCAUUAAAAUAAUACGUUAAUGUUAUUUGUAACAGUAAAUAUACCACAAACAUUUAUUACAAUAACAAUUAAUAAAAAAAAGAAUUAGGUAAUUAUCGCUAAAUAUAUUGAUCGCUUUAAUUCACCAUAAUCAAUCAAAAAUCUAUAGAUAUGUUUGAAAUACGUAUAUAAAAUAUAUUUCAUUUGUUUGUAGUUUACAAUAAUAUAAUAUAAAAUAUACAUACUAAUAAGAGAGAGAGAGAGCUUAUAUAUAACAUGAAUUUUGUGAAACCGUUGAAUUUGUAAACUUAAAAAGGAUCCCUCUGGUUAUUUACGUUAAAACAUUAGCCAUAGAUUCUAUUAAGCUUCUAUACAUUUUUUUUAAUGUAAAAUUGUGGCCUUCUACUUACAAUCAAAAUAUAUUUUUGUAAUUUGUUUUUCUUUUUUUUUAACUUUUGUAAUAUACAAAUGCAAGUUAUGUGCAUGCAAUAUUGUAAUUAUUAACAUUGUUAAGAAAAAUAAUAUUCAAUAGAUAUGGGUAAAAUAAAAAAACUAAUUUAGCAUAUAAACUUUUUAUAUCCGUUUUAACAAACUUUAUGCUAAAAUUGUUAACUAAAUAAAAUUAGUUUCAAUUUGUGUAAA